AUGGCAUCUCUUCUCGAAGUUGUGACCGCAGCGGGUUGCCUCUUGUGCCUGGCUGCCAGCGCGGCCAGCAACUGCAGCACUGACGGACCGAUGCUGCUUCAAGGUCGGACACACCGCUCAAUUUCGUGGGCGAAGGACUCAGCUCGGAUGCCGCCGAAUGAGAACUGCUGUGGGAGCAAUGCCGUGUGCAAUCAAUUGCAUGACGUGCCGUUUGAGUACGAACAAGUUGGAAGCUUUACACGCAUGAAGUGCCCCAACCGUGGAAGUGAUUGUGCGUUCGACAAUUGUGUUGGUGGUACUGGCGUGGACUGCUCUGGCGUGCCUUACGAUCUCGACUUUGGUGUCGUGGGCACGCUGUCGAUCAACCUUGUGGCUCCAAUAGAUCAUGGCGAUGGAACCGUCACGCUGAAGACAAGCGUAGGAUCGAUCCUCCACGAUCUCUGCUGUAUGGAGCAUCAGUCUGGUGCUUUCUGCCACAGCAGCAACUACCCCAUCGGAGCGACCAUCAAUGCCCUUGGCAACACGAACAAUGACUGCGCAUGUCUCAUGGAGUGGCGAAAAGCUGCUUGGAAUGUGCUGCGAGGUCGUUACUGGUUGGCCAAAUUUACGAAGGCUGCACAAAGCCAAGCCCGAUAUGACUCCUGUCCCGUCUUUGCAGCGCAAGUCUGGCACCCAACCGGAGCUUUCCACCUCGAUGCGAUGGAGGGACUUAGCUCAGUUACAAGCAAAAUUCACACGGAAACUGCACGGAUGGCAGGAGCUAGGCCGAGCAACCUGCGCAUCAGCCAACCAUGCGACCCGUCCCUGACAACAUUCCAGGGCUUGAAAAUCAGGAAAGCCACCUCUGUCCUGUGCGCGCCAGAGGGCACGAGACUGGAUUGUCCUUCCGAGGACGACAACUGCAAGGUGCCUUGUGUCGGAACAUACUGCAAGGCGUGUGCCGUGGGAUGUGCGUCUCGGCAUCGAAAGCGGUGGAUGAAGAACGGCCGGGAUCAUCCUAAUGCCGGCGACUCUGAUUACUGCUGCAGCGGGCAGUUCAAGGAGGUUUACUGGUCACUCGCCAACACCCGGUAUGGGACCUGCAGGAAGGGAAUGGCGCGUCUCGCAGCGAGCUCAGCAUGUGCUAAGCUUGUCAACAUUGCAGCUGCAGAACUAGAGGUGCGAGAGCGGUUGCUGAGCUUCUUCGAUGGCGCGGAAAAUGCGGCGGAGAAUCCCGACCCGCUGUUGGACGUCGUGCACCUAGCCCUUGUGGUGCACCAGUACCCGGAGGAGGCCGCAUGGUUCAUCAAGGUGGUGAUGUUUUUCGGCAGCAUCUCGGGCGUUGUUAUCUCCAUCCCCUGUGGACUCUUCCUGACCAUGUGUACUGGGGGCCUUGCGGCCUCUGCAACCGCGCCGGUUCGGCUGGUCUUCUUCCUCCGCCUCUGCCACAUCCAGCGCCUGAAUGGCAACAUCCAGGUUGUGUCCAUCGUCACCUAUGGCUGGUUCAUUCUCGGCGUGGCUGGUCUGGCUGCUGAACUCCACGUACUGCAAGCCUUGCCCUGGCUAUCUUUGGCAGUGAUCUUCGCAGCUGUGGCCAGGCUGCUUAUGACACUGAUUGUCUUCUACCACUCUUUCCCGCCGCGCUUCCAGAACCAACCGCCCCCGAAGCCACGAGGUGCCUCCCAGGAGCUCAUCGACUCGAUGCCCUUGGUUGUGCCAGGGGCUCGCAGGACGCGCGGAUGCUCGUGUUUGAGUGAGUUCGACAGAGAUGCCGUGUUGCGGCGUCUGCCCUGCGGCCACAGCUUCCACAGGGGCUGCAUCGACAAGUGGCUGAAAAGAAACAAGGUUUGCCCUCUAUGCCUCCAAGACAUCGAGGUCCCGCAGUCGCCGAAGGGCCGCUGGGGAAAGGAAAAGGCCAACUGA